AUGGCGUCAGAUAAUGGACUGGCCUCUCUGGUAAGAAUUAAAACUUAAUCUUGUUCAUAUUAAACCUUUAAUCUUCAAUCAGAGUUAAAAUCAGAAAACAUGUUUAUAAAAUACUGUUAAUGGAGUCUUAGAAAGAAUAAAAGAUAAAUCCGUGACGGUUUUAACGAGAGUGGGCUGAGUUAGCUCAUGCUAAAGCUAACCUGAGAGGAACACAUGUGAGGGAAAAAAACUGAAAUAACUAAUAAAUAAUGUUUUAAUUAAAGUCAUCAGGGGGGUAUUCCAGAAAGCGGGUUAUGUGAAAAACUCUGAGUAAGUUAACCCUGAGAUGAGGGAAACUCUGAGUUAUCCGUUCCAGAAAGAGAGGCAACUUAAACACUGGGUCAGUUACUGCGGUAACUUACUCUGUGAACAUAACCUGCUCGCUGACAGGUUUACUAUAAGAGACCCAGAGUUUCUACAUGUCUCCUCCCACACAAAGAAAGCGGUUGAACAUGGAUUGUCCAUUCCUUGAAAAUCCGAUCGACAUCGAAGCCAGAAUAAUGCGCAACGGUUUACGUCGCGAGAGAAUCUUCCGACCCAGAUUAGACGUUUUAUCAUUUCCAGAAGAAUUUAUUUUCGAACGCUACCGCUUUUCUUUGAACAGUAUAAUUUAUCUAAAUAACCUUCUCCGGCCGUGUAUUCAGUGUACAUGUCAAACUCCAAAUUCCACUUUAGAAUGUAAAUGAAUGGGCACUGCCAGUAGCUAUAUAUUAAGACACACUUCAGGAUGCCCCUCUGGAUCUCUCCCUGUGGCAGCAGACAGUGUUUCUUCAUCCUCCUCCUCCUCCUCCUCCCCCUCCUGUAAUGCAGGAAAAUAUACUGUUUCAGAAUACUUUGAACUACCAUCUAAGGAAUCUGAGUAUGGAAGACUUACAGCUACAGGGUUUGUUUCUGUCGGAGGCUGAAGCAGGCAGAUGACACCAUCCACAACUGUUGGGUGGGUGGAUAUAUAUUUGUUAAAAAGUAGGCUAUAUAUAUAUUUAUAUAUUAGUUUUAUUUUUUAAAGACAUAAGUGUAUACUUGCAUCUGAUGUAGGGACUUGUGUCCUGGGGGGUGACAGGCUCAGAUGAGCUUCCCCCGGGGAUGCCUUCAGCCACAGGGCGACCCCUGUUUUGGCUGAGGGCCAGCUCCUCAGCCUCCGUCAGAUGUAGUGGAGGUGGCCCUCCACCCGUUUUUCGGGCCUCUGCCUUCUUUCUGUUGGCUGAGCAGAAGUCAAUGUUUAUUUUAAAAUAGUAUUUUAAUCAGUGUUGGUGUAGGCUACAGCGUCACAUUUUAAAUGACUUCAAUAGGUCUAAAAUAUAAAUGUGUUUGUAUCAAGUGUUAAUCCACGAAGUGUAGAAUUAAGUGAGAGGACGUUGAAAAAUUACAUUUUGUUUGGGGUUUAAAUUAUAAUUUGAAGUAGCCGCUGAAUUAAUAUUUUAGUUUAAAUUACUAUUGACUUUGUCUAAUAGCCUAAGUCCAUUUAAAAUAAUUAAAUUAAAACCAAAGUGAGGUGCAAUCACAGCCUAGCAAAAUAUGCCUUACCUUUUUGAAUUAUGUUUUUAUGUUUCAUUUUGAGCUGCUUCCAAGUCCUUUUUUCUCCCGUUGGAUUGCACCUAAAUGAAAAUCAGAUUUCAUUCCUACUUAUAUUCAUAACUAUAGACUAUGCUUCGAUCUUAUAUGUUACGUCAGUGGAAUAGUACAUUCAAACUUACGCAUUGACUCGCGCAGCAAUUUUCUCCCAUGCCGUCUCUCUCUCCUUCGCUGCUGCAGCCGUGUUGGAUUUGCGGCGAAAAAUGUUCUCAUACUCGCAUUAGGCCAGCAUAAGGACCUCCAACUCCACCGGGGUGAAAUAAAUUGACCGUUUUUGCUCUGUUGUCAUGGUGACUCGUGGUAUCGGGGCUCCGUUGAUGAUGGCUUUUUAUAGUGGUUGUGCACGCGCGUAACUCCAGGUUAUCAUACUCAGAGUUGAUUGAACUAAUUCAGAUCAGCUUUUCUGGAACCGGAUACUCAGGGGCUGUGUCCGAAAUGGCCUACUACUCCUACUACUCCUACUAACCCCGCCUCUGAAUUGAGUAGGCAGUGCGUUCACACUGUACAGUAUGCGAAUUUUGUGUAUGCGAGAAAUGCCCGGAUGUAUACUCAAUCGGCUUCGAUUUCUGAGGCUGUGUCCGAAAUGGCAUACUGCCUACUAUCUACUUACCUACUCAAGCAGUAGCUACUGCCUACUGACUACUCAAAGAGGAUUUGAGUAUGCCGCGGCUGCCCGAGCGUUUACACACAUACAUACUAAAUACCCCAGAAUGCAUUUCGUGCCGGCCGGACGCAGCGCCGGGAAAAUUUAAAUAGUCCUACCACAAGCCACACAGAACGACUGCAUCCCGGACAAAUUAUAUAAAUUCAUUCAAUAAUAAUUUUUUUUUCUAGCGAGAAAGUAAGUGUUUACAUCACGAUUAUGAGCCCAGUUGUUUGAAAUAGUGUCUGUUUGUAAAUUUGUCUCGGCGUUUUCGGAGACCGAAGCGUCCACUUGGUCGGUGUUUGCGUCAGCAGCCCCCCCUUCACGUUUCCAAAUUAUUGCGAAGUGUUUUCAUAAUCAACAUCUACACGACACAAACCGGGCGGCAGUGGAUGAAAAAAAUCACACAAACAUCCGUGUAUCCAUGGUGAUAAUGCUAUACACCACCUGCUGGCCGUGUGAUGAGCAGCAGAGGGCUGCAAAAUGACCAACACACAACAUAAUUAUUAUGACCUUGUUCGGUUAUUCCUUGACAAAUACAUCAUUUCCCGACUACAUUCUUUUCAUGUACAAUGAUAAUUUCAGAAACCAUCAGAUUUUCAAUCACAAGUAAGAAUUAGUAAAGCUCACAUAGAUUGUCAACUGGAAACUCCCCCGUUUGUAUAUUCUGAACCAUGUGCUCUCUACCAAAGAUAAUUUUUAUUAAUCAGAGGUCUGUGCUUAAUAUGAGCGACCACUUUGAUGAUGCAUUCAGAGAUGAGAAGAUGCUCAAACUUGAUGUAAUAAAUACAUCUUUAAUAGACACUUAAAUAAAUAAAGUCAAUUCAUACGAAUAGUUAAAAACAUUGCCUAUAAUCCUAAUUUAAAAUACAAAUAAAUCCGGUAAAAAGAUCAAAAUAUGAUAAAAUGAUGAAAAUUGUGUAAUGUAUACGGACUAAAUAUUGUUUAUCUAUUUAUAUAUAUAUCAUUAUUAUUGCAAUCACAUGCCAUCUAUUUCUUUUCAGCCUCGGGAAGGAGGGCCAUAUUACCAGCUGAGGUGCGCAAUGCAUUGUGGGGCAGAAGCAGUACGUGAAGCAAGCUCCGUUGCACACUCAGAAAUUGAAGCCGAUUGAGUAUACAUCCGGGCAUUUCUCGCAUACACAAAAUUCGCAUACUGUACAGUGUGAACGCACUGUCUACUCAAUUCAGAGGCGGGGUUAGUAGGAGUAGUAGGAGUAGUAGGCCAUUUCGGACACAGCCUGAGUGUGCAACGGAGCUUGCUUCACGUACUGCUUCUGCCCCACAAUGCAUUGCGCACCUCAGCUGGUAAUAUGGCCUUCCUUCCCGAGGCUGAAAAGAAAUAGAUGGCAUGUGAUUGCAAUAAUAAUGAUAUAUAUAUAUAUAUAUGACUACUCAAAGAUGAUUUGAGUAUGCCGCGACUGCCCGAGCGUUUACAUACAGAUGCAUACUAAAUACCCCAGAAUGCAUUUCGUGCCGGCCGGACGCAGCGCCGGGAAAAUUUAAAUAGUCCUACCACAAGCUACACAGAACGACUGCAUUCUGGACAAAUUAUAUAAAUUCAUUCAAUAAUAAUAUUUUUUCUAGCCAGAAAGUAAGUGUUUACAUCACGAUUAUGAGCCCAGUUGUUUGAAAUAGUGGCUGUUUGUAAAUUUGUCUCGGCGUUUUCGGAGACCGAAGCGUCCACUUGGUGGGUGUUUGCGUCUAUUUACCGUAAACACCGGGCAGCAGCAGCUCCCCCUUCACGUUUCCAAAUUAUUGCGAAGUGUUUUCAUAAUCAACAUCUACACGACACAAACCGGGCGGCAGUGGAUGAAAAAAAUCACACAAACAUCUGUAUAUCCAUGGUGAUAAUGCUAUACACCACCUGCUGGUUGUGUGAUGAGCAGCAGAGGGCUGCAAAAUGACCAACACACAACAUAAUUAUUAUGACCUUGUUCGGUUAUUCCUUGGCAAAUACAUCAUUUCCCGACGACAUUCUUUCAUGUACAAUGAUAAUUUCAGAAACCAUCAGAUUUUCAACCACAAGUAAGAAUUAGUAAAGCUCACAUACAUUGUCAACUGGAAAUUCCCCCGUUUGUAAAUUCUGAAUCAUGUGCUCUCUGCCAAUAAUAAUUUUUAUUAAUCAGAGGUCUGUGCUUAAUUUGAGCGACCACUUUGAUUAUGCAUUCAGAGAUGAGAAGAUGCUCAAACUUGAUGUAAUAAAUACAUCUUUAAUAGACACUUAAAUAAAUAAAGUCAAUUCAUACGAAGAGUUAAAAACAUUACCUAUAAUCCUAAUUUAAAAUACAAAUAAAUCUGGUAAAAAGAUCAAAAUAUGAUAAAAUGAUAUAAAUUGUGUAAUGUAUACUGACUAAAUAUUGUUUAUCUAUUUAUAUAUAUAUAUAAUUAUUAUUGCAAUCACAUGCCAUCUAUUUCUUUUCAGCCUCGGGAAAGAGGGCCAUAUUACCAGCUGAGGUGCGCAAUGCAUUGUGGGGCAGAAGCAGUACGUGAAGCAAGCUCCGUUGCACACUCAGAAAUCGAAGCCGAUUGAGUAUACAUCCGGGCAUUUCUCGCAUACACAAAAUUCGCAUACUGUACAGUGUGAACGCACUGUCUACUCAAUUCAGAGGCGGCGUUAGUAGGAGUAGUAGGAGUAGUAGGCCAUUUCGGACACAGCCUGUGUCAACUCAGAGUUCAGGGAUAGACUCAGAGUAUGUUGAACCUGCUUUCUGGAAUACCCCCCAGGUCUCAGGAUUGUUAGUCUUAGGUCUAAUUUAUUAUCUGAGGGUCAGAGUUCCGUUUGGACCCCCAUUACAAGGUUCUGAGUCCGAACCUUCAGAACAACAUACUGGACUGACAAUGUGUUUGUGUGUGUGUUCACAGGGGGUGGAGGGAGCAUCAGCAGCUGCGCAUGCGCUGUCUCUUCCAGCUGAUGCUUAUGGAAAUGAUGUAAGUGAAUAUUUUUGGUUACUAUAAAAUCAUUAAAGUGUUAAUUAUAAAUAAGUUCUGCUAAAACAUGAGAGAAAACAGUUGAUUAUUAUCUCAUAGUUCAAAAAGAGACAUUUUAAUCAACUCUAAAAUAUAAUUCAGAGUCUGUUUUUGUUUGAAUCUGGAUGAUUUAAUAAUAAUAAUAGUUUGAUAAAACACAAAUUCAGUCAAAAAAUUUAUGUCAGAGAAACAACAUGAUUCUCAUUUAGUCUCUCUGUAGGGGAGAUUGGGGUAUGUUGAACCAAAGUGUAAAUUGAAACGCCACCCUGUUGCUUGGAAAUGGUCAAAGAAAUUGAUCAUGUUUGAUUUUGAAUUGAUUUUUGAUUGAUUUGGGAUCCUCAUUAACCUUGGCCAAGCCUAAACAAUUCUUCCUGGGGACCUUAAGCCAACUUACAAUAUACCAAAGCAAAUUUCUCACUUAUAAUACAUGUAAAAAAAAUUGUAAAUUUUCCUCUAGUCCAAUGUCUGGUAACAUAGCUAUGUUUAUCCGAACUAAAAUUUACAUUUUUAUACAGAAUUGUUGUUUCUUUUUUUUAUCAAAAUGUUUUUAAAGAACACUAGCAAUGAAUACAGUAAUCUCUUUUUAACUGAUAACCAGCGCAAACAGUUAUACAUGGCUGUGGUAUUUGUUCUAUAAUUGCAAUUCAGAGCUGUUCUUGCUGCUCUGUUUAGUACAAUUGAUCAUAUGACCAAAUCUUUAGGAGAUGGUCAUCAAUUCAUGGAGUCUGUGAAGGUUCGAAGCACAUGGGUGAAGGGGUUAGACAUUUAUUUCCAAAACAACAUUUUUCUUUACUCUGUAAAGUGAAUUGAGUCUGUCAUUAGUUUGAUUAUAAUUGUGUUCAGACCAAAAAAGAUCAUUUUAAAUUAGUUUUAUAUAUCAAUUGUGGUAUCUAUGAGCUACAACAUGAGGUCAAAAACCUAACAUAAAAGUCCACCAUUUUAGUUUAGAGGACUAACAAAGUCGUCAUAGUAGUUCUGGGGUAACUGAGAAAGUAAAGGAGUCUGAUGAGAGGAUCAGAGUUUCGGUUCAGAUUGUUGAAAUGUUUGACUUUUUCUUUUCAAAAAUACAGCUGUGAAUGUUCUGAAUCACUUAACCCUUGUGUACCCUUGUCACACCCUUUCGUCCUCUUCCAGCUGUUUUUGUCCACUAACUUUAGGUGCUGUAAAGACAUAUCAGAGAGAUACUUUUUUAAUUUAAUUUGUUUCUCUGAUUUCUUCAUCAAGCUCAGUCCUGAUACAAAAUACUGAAUUCUCCAACUUACCCCAUACUCGGGGUAAGUUGACCAUAGGAGACCACUUUUUUUGUCAUGCUAUAUUAUCAAGAUUACAGUUCUGUUUACACUCAUUCUGUUGGUUUGCAGGCAUGAACAACAUCCUGAAAUAUCUGCAGAUACACUAGUUAGAGACAAAACUAGGAUUGACUUGAUGUAGUGAUCCCAAAUAUGAAACAUGGAUCAUCUUACCCCACUCUCCCCUACUGGACGACUAUAAACAGUAAUAACAGUCAGCAGACCUAUUUCUGGUAGUCUUUGUGAUGUGGUCCGGGUCCGGGUCCAGGUCCAGAUCUGUGUAUUUUUUAAAGAUGUCACUUUGAACUGGUAAUAAUUUUGUGAUGUGAUUUUUUUUUAUUUUCCAGCCGCGGUUGGAGGUGAUGUGGGCAAUGAAGGCGUAUAACCACGCAGAAGUUUACUUUAAUGUGAGACUGAAAUCUGCUCAGGCUUCAUUUACGGCCUGUUGGCUGAACUCUGAACGGUUUCUUCAUUUAUGUUCUCUCUUGAAUCCAGACGGCAGAUCUUCUGAUUCAUGGUCAAACUUCUGAACAGGACUGACUGCAGUGUUUUAGCCUCUUUAUUAAAAUAACAUUAUGCUGAAAUUCUUCAUUAUCUGUCCAAGUCUUGAGUUUUGAGUGUUUCCUCGGUGGAGUAUCUCAGUCACCUGCUGCCUUCUCUCUGCCUUCCCCUGAUAACCGCUCUUCUCUUCGAUCUGCAGCUCAUCUCAUCAGUGGAUCCAAAGUUUUUAAAGCUGACCAAACUGGACGAUAAAAUCUACUCGUCCUUCAAAGAAACCUUCAAAGACCUGGACAUUAAAGUGCUGAAAGCCGACGACCUGAAGUCUGACCAGGCCAAAGAGGUGAGACAGACAGAGGUUAGCUCCUCUGAACCGCUGAACAUCCUCUCAGCAGGCUGAUGUUUAAGUGUGUGUGUGUGUGUGUGUGUGUGUGUGUGUGUGUGUGUGUGUGUGUGUGUGUGUGUGUGUGUGUGUGUUUGCAGACGUGGCGUCCAUUCUGUAACCAGUUUGAGGGUCUCGUGGAGGAUUUUAACUACGGCACCCUGCUGCGUCUGGACUGUGAGAAGGACUACACGGAGGAGAACACCAUCUUUGGUCCGUUCAUUUCUCGACGUUUCAUAUUUAUUCAGAGAACGUUGAAAAAGUGACACACAAAGACCUAAAUCUGUUUUUUUUUCCUUUUCUUCAGCCACCAGAGUUCAGUUCUUCGCCAUAGAAAUCGCCCGAAAUAGAGAAGGUUACAACAACACUGUGUUCAUGUCAAAGGGUGCUAAGAGCUAACUUCCAGUUCGACCAGUAAGAAUCCACCAGUGGGACGUCCCUCCAGGAAACACAGAGACAUUUUAAUUCAACCUCGACUAAACCUCAUGUUUUAGUUUUCUAUUUAAACCCAUAAAUGGUUUUUGUUCCAUACUGAAGAGAAAGUUCGGAUGUGUUUUGUAUUCACUGUAAAUUGUUAUUGUGCCAAUCAUGAGCUUUGUUUUUGUAAAGACACACAAGUCGAAUUUGUUCAUCUGUAACUAAAGAAACGAGAAAUAAAAGUUCAUUUUACAGAUAAGUGUCUGAGUUUUCAUCGCACCAAAAAAAUCUGCUUUUUAAUUCAUUUAACCCUUCAAUAUGAGUGAAACAGUGUAAAGAAAUCAAAAUAAAUCUAUCAGAUUUUAAUGUCAGCUAAAAAAAAAACCUCAUACCCCUAUGAUUCCACAUACGAGUGUAGGCUACAUCAGAUUUGAUCAGACAUGAUUUGUUUUUGGAUUAAAACACAAAUAUGUAUUUACCAAUGAAACUGAUGAAACGUUAUCCCAUUGUCACACUCUGCUGUGUAUCUCAGGCUGACUCUCACUCACCUGCCACACCUCCUCAUCAGCACUGAUUCCCCACACCUGUGAGUGACAAGCUGCAGCUCCUCACUGCUGAUUAGCCAGCCAGCAUUUAAGUCACUCUGUGUCCCUCAGUCAGUACCAGAUUGUCUUCGCAGCAUGUACGACUCUCCAGCAUUAUUUCUUGGAUUGACUUCUCGGUUUCGACUCCUGCCUGUCUCUGACCACGUCUUAUCGUCUCAGCCCUUGGAUCCCCUGUCAAGUUUCUUCGCUCUGGUGAGAACUUCAGGUUUUGCUGUGUUGCUGGCUUCCCAACCUACUGCCUGUCCACGACUAUCCUUCCGUCUGAUCCCUCUGGAGUUAGUCUGGCCCGCUGAUUGUCUGCCUGGAUUCGACAUUGCCUCCGCUUCGACCACGAGCCCAGCCUGCCCCUCGACAGUGCCGCUGCACUUCACAAAGACUCUCAGGUGUAGUGUGUUUUCUGUGUGCACUCACCUAUCACCUAUGGACCUGUUUCCUGUUGGUCUUGGAGGUUCUACAGAGACUGCUAAAUCAAUCCCAGUAUCUUCAGUUACCUGUUUGCUGUGAACUGUUACAAUAAAAGUAUUUUCUAAACAACUACCUGCCGUUGUGCUGCACUUGGGUCCUACAUCCACACCCCUGACACCCAUAGGUGUAGGCAAAUAAAACCAUAUACUGUAUAUGGAAUACAUACAUACACUGUGUGCGCAAUUAAUGGGCAAGUUGCAUUUUUGAGGAUAAAUUUUAUUUUUGAACAACUGCAGUGCUCUUGGUCAGUCCAAAAUGUUAAACCUCAAACCUGAAUAUUUAAGGGAGUAAAAGUGAGAUUUUGGCUUCCUUAGGAGAAUAUCUAUGUGUGCACAAUUACUGGACAACUAUGAGUGUGCAGAAGUGAGAAUGAUAAACAACUCAAUUUACAAAUAAAAAUUGUUGAAAUUAAAAAAAAAAAAAAAUCAAUGACCAAUGUAACUACCCUUCUUUUCAAUAACAGUCAUAAGCCUUCUAUUCAUGGAGUCUUUUAGUUUCUUGAUCUGUUGACGAUCAACUUUUUGUGUUGCAACAACCAAAGCUUUCCAGACACUGUUCAGAGAGGUGUACUUUUUUUCCUUCACUGUAAAUUUCCCAUUUAAGAAGGGCCCACAAGUUCUCAACAGGGUUUAGGUCAGGUGAAGAAGGAGGCCACGUCAUUAUUCUUUCGUUUUUAAGGCCUUUACUGGCAAGCCACAUAGUGGAGUACUUCGAUGCAUGUGAUGGAGCAUUGUCCUGCAUAAAAAUCAUGGGUUUUCUUGAAAGAUGCAGACUUUUUCUUAUACCACUGCUUGAAGAAAGUGUCUUCUAAAAACUGGCAGUAGGUUUGGGAGUUGAUUUUAAGUCCAUCUUUAACCCAAAAGGUCCAGCUAGCUCAUCUUUAAUAAUACCAGCCCAUACCAGAACCCCGCCUCCACCUUGCUGGCGUCUGAUUCAAAGUGGAGCUCUGUGCCCGUUACUGAUCCAGCCACGGGUCCAUCCAUCUGGUCCGUCAAGAGUCACUCUCAUCCCAUCAGUCCAUAAAACCUUUGAGGAAUCUCUCUUCAGAUAUUUCUUGGCCCAGUCUUGAUGUUUCAACUUGUGUGUCUCGUUCAGUGGUGGUCGGGUUUCAGCCUUCCUUACCUUGGCCAUGUCUCUGAGCACUGAUCAUCUUGUACUUCUGGGCACUCCAGGUAGGUUGCAGUUCUGGAAUAUGACAGCACUGGAGGAUAAUGGGUUCCUGGUAGCUUUACGUUCGAGUCUUCUCAAAUCUUUGGCAGUUAAUUUGCGUCUUUUUUUCUUAACACGUUCUUGCGACCCUGUUGACUAUUUGCAUCAAAAUGUUUGAUGGUUCUGUGAUCACGCCCCAAUAUCUAAGCAAUUUCAAGAGUACUGCAUCCCUCUGAAAGACUUUUUACAAUUUUUGACAUUUCAGAGUCAAUUAAAUCUCUUUUUUGGCCCAUUUGACCUGAGGAAAAGAAGCGGCCUAAUAAUUAUGCACACCUUGAUAUAGGGUGUUGAUCUCCUUAGGCCCCAGCCUCCCUCAUUACACUAAUACACAUUACCUGAUUUGCUUAUAUCCAAUAAGCAUUCAAGUUUAUACAGCUCGGAGUUGGAAAAUAUGCAUAAAAAUGAUGAUAUGAUCAAAAUACUCACUUGCCUAAUAAUUGUGCACACAGUGUAUAUACAUAUGAAAUUUUCUUCUCUUGGCGGUAUUGUGUCUCUUCAAACUCGGGUCCUCUACCAGAGGCCUGGGAGCUUAAGGGUCCUGCGCAGUAUUCUUGCUGUUCCUAGGACUACACUCUUCUGGAGUGAGAUGUUUCUGAUGUUUCCCCAGGGAUCUGUUGAAGCCACUUCUCUAGUGUGGGGGUUACUGCCCCGAGUGCCCUAAUGACCACAGGCACCACUGUUGCCUUCACAUUCCAGGCUUUCUCUAUCUUCUCUUUGAGCCCUUGGUACUUCUCUAGUUUCUUGUGUUCCUUCUUCCUGAUGUUGGUAUCGCUUGGGAUGGCGACAUCUACCACAACGGCUUUCCUCUACUGUUUGUCUACGAUAACAAAGUCUGGUUGAUUGGCCAUUACCAUUUUGUCGGUCUGUAUCUGGAAGUCCCACAGGAUCUUAGCUCGGUUGUUUCUCCAUCACCUUGAGAGGUGCUUCCCAUUUUGAUCUUGGGGUUUCCAGUCCAUAUUCUGCACAGAUGUUCCUGUACACUAUACCGGCUACUUGGUUAUGGCAUUCCAUGUAUGCUUUUCCUGCCAGCAUCUUACAUUUUAUUUUAUUGUUUUAUUUCUUGCUCAUUUCUGUUGCUCUUUUUUAUUAUAACUAUUAUUAUCAGUAUUACUUAUUAUUUUAUUAUCAUUAUUAUCAUUGUUGAUAUUGUGUUUUAUAUUUAUCCUGUUAUAUCUAUCCUGUUUCUGCUUUCUUGUUUUUAUUUUAUACUUAAUUUUUCUGCUUGCUUGACGUUCUUCUAUUCGCUCUGUGAUGUUUUAGUUCGGCGUUUAUCCAGCAGGAGGCGACAUCACUCCCACAUUCAGAGGGAGCAGGACUGGAGCGGAAAAACUACAGCGCAUGCGCAGAGCCACCGUCUGUGAAGUUGUGCCGUCACGGCCAUAGAUAUAUAGAAAGACUAGAUGGAUAAUUGGACUUUUGCCCGCGUCGUCACCGAGCGGCCAUCUUACCUGGGGGGGGGCGCCUCCGCGCACUCGACAGUAGUGGAUUGAAGGUGAGCGACCUACACAAACGAAAAUACACCUAACUCGCUGAAAUCUAGACGGAUUUAAAAACGUUUUGGUUUAUUAAAAACCUUAUUAACGUGGCUAUUAUUCAGGCCGCGUGGACAUGUUGAAAGUGCAGAUUUUCUUUUCGAAAAUCGAUUUCAUUUUGUUGCAUAGUUGUUGUGACUUUCACAGCCAUUAGCAAGGCUGCAAUCUGGGAGUUUCAGUUAUUAUAUACGUUUCCGUGAGACCAAUAAGACAUUGUGACUACCACAUAUUUUGUCCAAAUGACGAUUUGUGUGGAUGUAGUUGUGUUUAUUAGCUAGCAAAGAAACAAGAGGUUGUGAAUGUGACAUAGUUGUCACACAGCUGGGACUAUUACAAAGUAGCCUAGACAUAAUUCUUUACAGGUAAGAAAGUCAGAAUUACUCCUCUGUUUUAACAUACAUAAUUUGAUUUCCAAGCUGUUUCAUUAGUAAAAUAUAUCCUUAAUUUAGAUUCAUUGUGAUACAGUAAAUGCCUGGCUUUGUGUUUACAGAAAUACCCCCUACAGUCCAAGAUGCCAGACUUUUGUGCAGCACAUGGAUGCUCAAAUGAACGUUCUGUCCAAACAAGAGCCCGUGGAAUCACCUUUCACUCGUAAGAAAUGACUUGAGGGACAUAUUUAGGAUAAUAGUUACUAACUUAGUUAAAUUUGUACUUGUACAAUACAAGUUAUUUUCACCCUGACGUUUUAGAAAUGUUUCUACCAUUUGUUUACAUAAUAAUCAUUGAAUAUUUCUUUUUCACAUUUUUUUAACAUGUUACUGCACCACAGGCUGCACCACAUUGCUAAAAUUACUACGCUUAGCGUACAGAAAGACAAUGUGAGACAGAAGCUCACCAAAACAGUACUUUUCAAGGGGCAGUAGCUCAAACUAUCUGUGCACUUGUAUAUAUGUUGGUUUUGUUGCGACCGUGUGAGUGACUGUUGAUUUGGAGUGAAUGUUGCAUGGUGUAGUGUGACUGUUGGUUUGGAGUGAUUGUUGAAUUGUUUUGUAAUUGUUUACAUCUGUUUAAUAAAAGAACCUUUAUGUCAUGUUACUGAAUGUGUUUAUUUUAAUUUUUAUAUUAAAAUAUAUGUAGCAGAAAGGGUAAGAUGAACGAACCAUCUCCUUGAUCUUUAAAACUAUGCACAUGAGUUGUUAUAUGACCCUAAAAUAAGAACACAAACAUUUCCAACAGGCCGUGGAAUUUUUUACAUUUGCGGUAUAAUUAUUUUUAUGUUAAAGCAAAUGGACCCAGGUCUAAACUUAUACAUCAUGCAUUUUAGUGAUAUUCAAAAUAUAGAACUAUGUGAAUCAUUCAGCAGAAUAUCAUUCUGAAGCAUUAAAUUAAUUAGGUUUUUUAAAAACGAUGGCCAUGGUGCAAGAUGAACCAAAAGCCUUGGGGUUAAUUGAACCAAUAUGAAUCACAAUUUAUAGAAUUUUUAUUAGGUCUUUGCUACUCAAAUUAGCAGAAUGAUCUUUUAUUUUUGAUAAAUACACUCAUUCAAGAAAAGUUUUCAAUAUUAUAUUAAUAAUUGUGAAUAUUAAAAGGUUCUGAAAAACAAACUUUAUUUGGUUUUAUAUUGUUUAUUAACCCAAAGAAAAUAAUUAAGACUAUUUGAAAAAGGGAGGUAUCUUAUAAAAUUAUUUUUCAUGAGUAAAUACAUUAUUUGUUAAAGUUUGAAGAUAAAGUUUAAAUUAUCAUGUGGGUCAACUUACCCCUUUAUAUUCAAUAUAUGUAUGAAAUAGAACUCUAAAAUAUCUAACUAUUAAAUGUUUAAUAUAAAAUACACUGACAAUUUAAUUUCACUGUGUGUGUAUGUGUGCAGCUAUGGCAGGUAUUGCUCCACUAUCUCCUUUUUUAAUUUAAUAUGAAAGUCCAUGGUUAUAAUAAUCCGUAAAUAUGCAGAAACAUAACUACAUCUCUGGCGUUUAUAACAAACCAAUCCGUUUGAAAAUCAGUUGAAGUUUAAACAGGAUUUGGUCAUUGAAACAGUACAUGCACCAUUGGACGUUAAUGUUAUCAGUGGGCCAACAGCCCCUGGGGAAAAUGGCCGCCGUGUGACGACGUCAGUCCCCAUUGGCUCACAGCGUAGGUAAGCUAUCUAGUCUUUUUAUAUAUCUAUGGUCACGGCCCCCUCCCUCCCUCCGUCAGAAAAAACCCGGAUGUAAGUGAUGAUGCUGGUGCUGUCUGAGCAUCAGGAAACAGUUUUUAUGAUCAGUACAUCAGAAUAUAAUCUGACUACAGUCCGGAGAGAUUAUUGAGAAGGUUUGAGUCCGCAGAGAGACGGAAAAACACGAAGACAGUCCGGUAAGAGCCGACACCACUGUAACUGUAACGGUCCUGAUGCUUGUUAGCAUGGUUAGCUGUUAGCUGUUGGAGUGAAGGAUGGGGGGGGGGGGUGUAGAACCGGUAGAACCGGUUCAAAGAGCCUGUUUAUAGUUCUGGACCUGAUACCGCUCCGAUUAGACCUAUAGAACCCCGACACCUGGAGUUAAAAGGAGCAUUUCCACGGUUUUGUAAUACGUCACCAGCUGACUGACAGCUGGUCAGUACGGUGACUCCGGGGGGAGGGGCCAGGCUGACGUCAUCGUUAGCUCAGGUGAAUGUUCAGCUGCUCACCUGACAGGAGUAAACAGAAGAAGAAGAAGAAGAAGAAAGGUCUCUUUGGCUGUGUCUCAUUUCAGAGACCGCAUCAGGCUAAGCGCGCUUCGCUAAGCGCACUGCCGUUAUGUGGACUGGAGUACCCUGAGUGAGAUGAUCCGGUUUUUGUGAAAUGGGACACACUACCCUUCGGAGGACCUCCUGAUUGAGUCGCCAAAUGUCCCAUCCCUCAGGCUUGCGUCACGACUGACUUUAAGAAAAGCUGCGGAGCGCAGCAUUUAUUUUGUAAUUCUGCGACCUUGCACAGACACAAAACAAUAGAUACAUACAAGCACAGAUCAUUCCCACAAAAUUCAUCCAAUGAUUGUUUUGUAUGAAGGAGUAUGAGGGCCAAUAUUGAGAAUAUUUUUAAAGACUAGAGAUUUGAGUCGUGAAUUUACGAGAAUAAAGUCAUUAAUUUAUUAGAAUAAAUUCAUAAGGUUACCUGUUAUUUCAAAGGAGAGUUGUUAAAAUUAGGGCCAUGAAGCAUUUAAAGGAACUGUGCUUCAGUAUAGGCUACGUUUCACAAACAAGGAGAUACGAGAUAUAAGUAUAAGGACUUUAAAAGAAUAUGAGAAAUGCGUCUUUCCACGGGGAAAAAACAGGUGUACUUGGAGGAAAUCGCUGCUUUUAUGGAGGCAGAAAUGAAUAUGCUGAGGAUAAAUCCGUCAAUGCAGCCGUAAAUAUCCGUAAAUGGCAUUGUGCUUUAGUUUAUGAUAUGAAUCCAUAUGCAAUAAUAAGGCGCUGGUGUCUCUGCAGGUGUAGGUUACCGCCGGUGUCAGAGACGUGGUGCUCGUCGGAGCUCGACUCCCUCUGGAUCUCAAAUGUUGAUCAUAAGUUGGAUUGUUUCUUCAGAAACCACAAAAACUCUCUGAAUGACCCGCUGAUGCAUCCACCGAUAUUCCUGCUGAUGACCAGCUUCACCCCUCCACAAAAGCAGCUUUAUGACUUUAUUUACUUUAUGACUUUAUUCUCCCAAGUUUACAACUUUAAUCUCUAAAUCUGAAAAAAACAAAACAAACAAACAAAAAAAACCCCAACAACUCAAUGUUGUCCUGAUCCUCUGCUGUAGUUUUGUCAGCUUUCUUAUUUUUAAUGUUUUUGAUAGUUGAAGCAGAGCGGAUCAGUUCGUCUGUAAAGACUAGAAUGUUUGGUUUGCAGAUUUUAGUGAGUUCAGAGAUCAUGCGCUCAUGCAGCCUGAGAUGACUGUCUGCUGUUUUUGGAUUUCUAGUAUUUUCUUCGAAGAGGCACUGCGUCUCCAAGCGAGUCCAGCCUCUCACCCGAAAUGCGCAGCUGUGCAGCGGCACGCAAAGAAUUCUUGGAUACCAACAGCACGAAAGCUUGCAUAAAUGCACGCUUUAAAAGGGGCGGGAGCAUUGUGGUUUUGAGACUGUAUUUGAAGCACGCUUAUCGAGCCAUUUCGAGCCAAAUGGGACACCGUUCGUGCCGCGUGCUGACCUCACGCACACUUCAAAUGUGUCUCUGAAAUGAGACAUGUGCUGCGUCCGAAUUGCCCGCUCGGAUACUACAUGCUACUGCUACAUACUACUGCUAGAUCCUACUCCUACAUACUAAACACGUUGGCCCAAUUCGGACACACUAGACGAGCGGUGGGGAAAGACGACCCCCGCAGGCAGAGAGUAGGUACUGCGCCCGUUUUAGACUGAAUGGUAAUUGUGCAAGUGAUGGAUGCUGCUGUAUUAUAUUCCUGCACUGCUUUAGAAAUUCACAAAGUAGCUUUUCCAUGACUUUUAGCCUUCAUUCACUUACGUGGUGAUCAUUUGUUCAAUGAGAGCUGCCUGAUUACUGCAGCUGUGCAGUUUAAUGAUGGAAUAAGUGAGCUUUACCUCCAUGAUGUCGCCACAUGUUUGCUCAUAAAAUGAUUACUUGGGCAAAUACGACACCAUGACAUGACAAAGAGAUACAACCGCACAUUUUUUAGGACAGGGUGUGAAGUUACAUGAAACUUACAUCUGUACUGCUGCGGUCCUGCCUGCUGCUGCUGCUGCUGCUCCGCCAUGGUGUGCGCUGCUGUGGCCAGCCGGCGUUCGCGACACAUUUAAAUAGGCAGAGCAGCUGGUGGCGCUAGCAUCACAUGCGCUUCUACAACUUUUAAGAGGACGAAGAAGAAGCCUGCGGUGCAUUUUGGGUCAGUAGCAUGCCCGUAGGAUGCACCGAGACCAACCUACAAUGUGGGCGUGUCUAGUAUCUGAAGUAGUAUCUGAAGUAGCAUGCUACUCGCUCCGGUGGCCAAUUCGGACAUGCUAGAUACUACUUCGACUACUACUUCGACUACUACUUGGCAAUUCGGACGCAGCUAUGGCCUCAGUCAUCGAAACAGGAAGUUCUGACAAGACCGCAGAGACCGCACUGAGAUGAAGGAAGAGGUUCACUUCCUCUCUGAAAUAGGGCUGGGCGAUAUGAUAAAAAGUGUAUCAGGAGAUAUAUUUUUUCAUAUCAGUUGAUAUCGAUGUAUGUAUCAGGAUAUAAAAAAUGAAAUUUAACAAUGUUUAUUGGUAGCAUGUCUUUUCCAAUACAAUAAUCUACUGCAUCUGUAAGGUCUUUGUGUUUCUAUGACGUUUUGUCAUAAGGCGUUGCUAGAGAAAGCAGACUGAAUGGUCGUCUGUUUCGGCUGCACAGGUACCAUGGGCUCCUUGCUCCUCUCGGGGUUUGUAACCUUUUGCGUUGUGCGUGGUCUGCGACGUGGCGCUGCUUCAGGUGGUGAAAAGGGGUUGAGGUAUUCCCCGACUUUGUGAGAACACGUACUCAACAUAAUUUGCAGUACAUAUUACUCUGCUUCAUGUCCGACCUCAAAAAAACCAAAAUACCUCCACACCACCAACGUUUUUGUGCCAGUGUUAUCGAUGAUGUCAUCAUUUGUUGAGCCUUCAUCGUCAUUUCUGUCGGGGGUAGCACUCAUUUUCUUUUUUUCUCACCAACAGUGCUGUCGGCUUCACCUGUUAAAGCUCUAUGGUGGGUGUAGCUACUGUCUGCUACUACGCAGUUGUUUGAUACUUGGUUCUAAUUCAGCACAUGAUUGGUUUAAAGUGAAGCGGACCCGAAGCAACUCCUCUUUUUAUUGGCUAUUGGUACAGUCGACCAAAGCAUGUCAGAAUGACGACUAUUGAUCAUGUUUUAUAUUGAUAUUGAGGGAAAUUAAUUUUAAAUAUGGUUAUCAUUUUAUCGCCCAGCCCUAGUCUGAAGUGUAGAUCUCAUCACCACUAAAUUACUGCGGAGGUCAGACUGAAACUGGACUUUCAAAAUCCACAUUCGUCCGGCUGAAGUGGUCCAACUGACAGCGUGAAAACUGUUGGUUCUGUUCUGGAUCAGAGACCCGGAUUCAUGUGGUCCAGAGUCUCUACACAAUCAAAAUCAAACAAUCAAAGUCCUGUUCUCUCAGAAUCAUGACAUUAAUAACUGCUGUCUGCAGAGCCCCCCCCCCCCCCCCCCAGUAGUAACACAGAGAGUCUUUCAUAGUUUACAGGUUAGUGUCCUCCUGUCUUUAAUGAGUCCUCGUUAUCCUGCAGAGCUGCUGUGAUUGGAGGAAGAGGAGCGCGCUCUGUUCAUCAGCUGAACUCCUCUUCAUCCCUGCAGUCGGGGUGAACUCUGGGGGUUUAUCCCGUCACGUGCUCAUAGAUGUAGAGUAGAUAGAUGUAGAGUGAGGUUAUCUAUUUGGAGAGCUGAGAGCUCCUCCCCUCUUCAGCAGGAGGGGGAGGGGCUCGUUUAAUGAGCAAACUCGCUGCUGUGUCACUCACUGGUGUACUGCACCGGCAGGACAGGGCUCCAAAACACUGACUGAUUCAGUGAACGAAUCUUUUGAACGAAUCAUCUUAAUGAAUGGAUUCUAAAGAUUCAGUCAAAAGAACGGUUCUUCUUAGAUACACUGUAUGUGACCCUGCAUGUGCUGUGCAGCGAUCCACCAAUCACAUUCGUUCUUUACUCAGUUGCUAAUCAGACUACCCUGCUGUCAAUCAAUAUCAGAGAGGAGGAAACCACGCCCCUGCACAUGGAGUGAGUUGCUGGCGCUGCCGGUGUUGUCCAGAGAAACUCAUACUCGCUGAGAAUUACUUUGGGAACAUUGCUCAUCACUGUUUAUCCCAGCUUUAUGGCAGCUUUUCUCUGACUUAGUGGAGUGCCCCGAGGCAGUUGUCUAGGUCCUUUAUUGUUCACUAUCUUUACAAAUGAUCUACCGUACGUCUUAGACAAAGCUAAUAUUGCAAUGUAUGCGGAUGAUUCCACUAUAUACACAUCAGCAACAACGUGCAAGGAAUUGGAAAGUAUUUUAAAUAAAGCUGUAACUUAACAGGUGGAGACAAAUAAGUUAGUACUCAACAUAUCAAAAACUAACUGCACGAUUCUUGGGUCAAAUUAUAUUAUUGAUAACAAUCCUGUGUUAAAUAUUAAAAUUAAUGAUGUCAUUAUAAAUUAAGUACAUGAGACCAAACUUCUGGGUGUGACAGUAGACAAUAAAUUAUCAUGGAAGAAACACAUCAGCAAGAUGACUGCAAAGAUAGGAAGAGGUAUAUCCAUUAUGAGAAGACAUGCUUACUUUCUAGCUCCAAACAUUAUGAACAGAGCUAUUCAAGCACUAAUAUUAAUAUAGACUAUUGUCCAGCAGUUUGGUCAAGUGCCACAGGAUAUAUAUUAGACAAACUUCAACGAAUACAAAAUAGAGCUGCCCGCACAGUACUCCAGUGCAACUACAGGACAAACAUCAGUUCUAUGCGCAAGCAAUUAAACUGGCUAAUGGUUAAAGACAGACCCCUAUACUCACUGAUCACUUUCAUCAAAAACAUUUCUGUUUCAGAGUUACCUUUUAUUUUAUUGAAGAACCUAAAUUUCAGUACUGAAAAUCAUGGACACAUCACCAGGCACGCAGCGAUGGGACAUUUUACCUUACCUAGAGUGCAAACAAAUGCCAUAAAAACCUGUUAUCUAUAGAGGUAUGAAAGUAUGGAACUCACUGCCAAAACAGAUCAAGCUUACCACAAACAUUAAUAAAUUCAAAGUAUUAGUAAAACAGCAUUUACUCCAGAAGGGAAAACUUUAAUUUGAGUACAAGGAAGUGUUUGUGUGCACUGAGAACAAGACAAAGGAGUAUGUAGGGUAUAUAUUUGUUUUAAUAAGAAUGGUGAUAAUGGUGAUGAUGAUGAGGAUGUUAGUGGUAGUCGUAAUGGUAGUGAUAAUAACAAUAAUAAUAUUUAUAUAUCUCUGAUUGUAUAAAAAAUACUUGUGGUAUUCCAUGGGAGUAUGUGUUUAUUUGUUUUGAUAAGUAUGGUGAUGGCUGUGAUAAUGAUGUGGAUAUUAAUAGUAAUAGUAAUAAUAAUAAUAUUGACGUUUAUAUACCUUUGAUUGUAUUACAAGAAGUAUACUUAUGGUAUUACACAUAAUUUAGCACAUCGUGAUUAUUCAAUGAUAAAUAGAUUCCAGAUGUGAAUGUAUGGUAAUAUAGGAUAAUUAGGAGGUGUAUUUGGGGAUAUCUCAUGUUAUAUAUCGAUUGAUUCCGAGAUGCUUUUUGCUUGGAUCGUUCUGCAAAUUUUGUGUUUCUCGAUGGUGACGGAUUAGCCUUUGUUUAAGUGUCCUUUUGUUUAGAUACUUGUUUACAACUAUUUUGUUUGUUUGUAUAAGUGUUUAUAUUGAAGUCCAUUGUUGGAUGUAUUUUUAUUUUGUGUGGACCCCAGGAAGAGUAGCGGUUGCCUAGGGUGACAGCUGAUGGGGAUCCAAAUAAAUAAAUAUCCCCACAAAUAAGAACUGUAUGGGUUUGAAAUUGUAUAUUUACAUGGACCACUCUACUAUAAGCGGUGCGCAUUUCUGCAAGGUGGAUGCGAUCUUCAGUGGGAACGUGUUUCUCGGCACAACAUCAACGAUUGCAAAAUGAGAAACGAACAAAAGAAAACCACCGAAGGUGAAUACUUGUUGGUAAAAAGAAAAGCAACGUCAGUUAUCUGGAAUUAUUUCAGUUACAAGAAGGAUGAUGUCGAGUAAAACACGUGUUCUGUGUUCAUCUGUUUCCACAAUAACGUCUCAGAACAAUAAAAAUUAAAAAUAUCUCUAAGACAGAUAGAAGCCAUUCUACUAACAUUCACUAAAAGAGGUAAGAUCAGUUCAGGUUAACUGUCCAAGAUUUCAGCAGAAAGUCAGAUUCAGCUCAUCUGAGGAAAAUUCCUCUAUUUUUUAAUAUCCUAAUUUAUAUCGCAGAGUUAAAAAAAUUGCAAUGUUAGUUUUUUGAAUAUCAUGCAACCUUAGUGAAAUGUGGAAGGACUGUAAAUCUCAGAUCUGGUUUAGACUCUUGACAGGUAGACUCUGUUGCAGAUUCGGUGUCGGCUGUUGAGAGGUGCGGGAUGAGUGGGGCGGCUCUGGGGAUCGAGAUCGUGGUGGUCUUCUUCCUGGCUCUGUUCCUGCUGCACCGGUAUGGAGACUUCAGGAGGCAGCAGCGCAUGGUGUUGUUCGGCACGCUGCUGGCCUGGUACCUGUGCUUCCUCAUCGUCUUCAUCUUACCUCUGGACGUCAGCACGGUCAGUACUGAACCACAGGGAGACCCUCACAUUCAUGAGACGGGACCAAAACCUGAUCUGUGUGUGCUUUGUUCCUGCAGACCAUCUACAAGCAGUGCAAGAUCGACCAUGAGGAGCACACCUCAGUCCCCACCUUCAACCCUGUACUGUCCAAUCACACGGCUACAAACACAACUGCCACGCCCACUAAAAGGUGAGUUUUCUGCAUGUUAAAGGGAGGCUGCACUCAUGGAUUUAGAACUUCACCAGAUCAGAAUUUUCAGAACAAAACAGAUCAAUCAAAUUUAUUCCUCUCUAUCAAAGAGGCUGAGGUAGUUCGUUUGGACCUUCUCUAAGCAGGCUGUCUGGACGGGUUUACACAUGGAUCCACUCUGAGACAGAACCAUGGGUCUGGACUCUAACCCCCAAUUCCCACCUCACCCUGAACGUCUACUAGAAGGUCGUAUCUUUCGAUCGUAGCUGAUCGUAACCAUUCAAGUUAACGUGUCAAUUUCCACUGACUUCUUUCUCAAACUCUGAUUAUAGUCCGGCUAAGGUGUUUACAUGCACUUCAGUUGUCCAGUCUUAAUCGGAAUGAGGCGCUAAUUUGGUUUUCUCGAGUGUCAUGGAAACAGACUGAAUGAUUUCUAAUUCUUUGUUGAAAGGACAACUGGACUUAGUUGAGACGUUUAGCCUAAGGCGAAGUCCAGUUGUCCUUUCCAUGCGGAGAUUUCCACUCCAGAGUCAUGUGACUAACCUGUUGGAUAUAAUUGGUUUGAAAUCAUCUAAAAACCGUAAAAAUCUGUUUAUUUUCCAAACAUUUGAACCCUUUGACCCUGGUAUGUGGAUUUAAUUUAAUUUAAAAAACUUUUUUUUUUAAGUCUGUGUCUCUGAUUCUGGAAUUUUCUCAGAACUGAGUCUCAGAUUUGUUCUGACCCGUCCAAUCACAGUCUUACCAGCAAUUUCCACGGCUACCAAAACGUUGUAUUCUUCGAUCGUAGCUGAUCAUGACCAUUCGAGUUAACGUGUCAAUUUCCUCCGGCUUCUUUCCGUUCCUCUGUGGAUCGCCAGACUCCACAGCUGAUCCCAAGAGUUCUAUUUUUUCCGGGCGCCAGAGCAUGCCGGAUAAAUUCAGCACAGAUUAACCUGGAAAGGAAGUCGGGCACAGGCACAAAAUAAAACAUCCACCUUCUUUUCAAAAUAAAACACUCCAUGUUUCAGGAGGAUCGUAUUACACACCAUGCAAACGGGCAGAGAUGAACAAGUGAAAGGUUUUUAGACGUCAUUUCACCCCGAUGACACCAUGGAUGAGGAGUUGCUGAUUCUAGAAGUCUAGAAAUAAAUUUACUCCUCUGGAAGAACACAAUCUAGUGCUUAUAUGUCUAUGUGGCUGUCUCUAUAGAGACAACAAAUUGGUGGACGGCAAAAAUUGCCGUCGUUCUGGAUACGGUGAAAAUUGGGGGUUAUUCCAGGUGCUGCUGAUUUUUUGUGACUUUUCCUGGUGCAGACCAACAUUUCCCAUGAUCCUUUGUGUGUCACCUCAGAUGGCCAUAUCCUACACCGUCAGUGAGAGAGUUGAGUUUGGACUCAGUGGUUCUGGUUCUGUUUCCACUCAUGUCUAAACGACAGGGCUGGGACCACAUCAUGAUAGACCGUCUCAGUCCAGUUCAGCCUUCACCAUCAGACUGGGUCAGGAGGUCAUUGUGCGAGGUGUAAACCCACACAGAAGACCUAAAACCAUCCAAGACCCAAGAUGAACCGGGUUCACCGGGUCGGUGUGUCAGUGAAGAGUGCGGUUCUGGUCCCAUCUUAAUACUCUGUGAUUCUGUCCUGCAGCAGCCUAACGAUGCAGUGCUACAAGCCGUGGAGCUACAUCCCUGACGGCAUCAUGCCUGUGUUCUGGAGGGUGGUCUACUGGACUUCCCAGUGCCUCACAUGGUCUGUAUACCCCCUAAAGCUGCUCUUAGGUCUGGUUUGUUGUUUUGAAACCCAGAACCGGCUCUUUAAAGUUCUGCUCUUUGGUUUCCAGGCUGCUGCUGCCCUUCAUGCAGUCGUACGCUCGCUCCGGAGGCUUCUCUAUCACUGGGAAGAUAAAGACCGCUCUGAUCGAAAACGCCAUCUAUUACGGGACCUACCUGCUGAUCUUCGGCUCGCUGCUCAUCUACGUGGCGGUCCAUCCUGAGUGGCACCUCUCCUGGUGAGUGACCCCGACAGUCAGCUGAUUAUCAGAGAGAGGAAAUGCUGCGCCCUCAUGGCUGGACUUCACGGUGCUUUCAGGUACGAGCUCCAGACCAUUGGGAUCACGGCGGCGAACACGUGGGGUCUCUUCCUGUUGGUGCUGCUGCUCGGCUACGGUUUGGUGGAAAUCCCUCGCUCGUACUGGAAUUCCUCACGCCACGGACACUUACUCAUCAAGACGUACUUCAAGGCGGCCAAGCUGAUGACAGAGAAGGCCGACGCUGAGGAGAACCUGGAGGACGUGAUGGAGGUGAGAGUCAGGCCGCGGGGUUGAUGUUAGAGUCAGAUGUUAACGCUGUGAUUGACGGCGAGGUUUUGGUUCUCUACAGGAAGUGAGAAAAGUCAGCGAAUCCAUCAAGUACAACCACCCGCUGAGGAAGUACAUCGACACUAUCCUCAGGAAGGUAAGUAGAUGGGGGGCGGGGGGGGGUUGUGUGUGUGCUAAUGGUCAGGCUGACUAACUAAGGGGCCUUUGACCUUUCUCUUCCUCAGUGCCCCGUGGACUACCAGGAGAAGAUGGGCCGCAACAUGGACGACUACGAGGACUUCGACGACAAACAGAACACGUAUCCCAGCGAGAGGAACCUGGUCAAGCUCCACAAACAGGUGAGGGGGGAGGACACCACAGCGAGAAGUCAGAGCUGGAGCACAUAUUACAUAUUACUGUAGAGUUUUUGUACCACUGUUCUUUUUUUUUACAUCCCUAACAGGAAUUUUUUAAUGUUGUUUAAACAAAACAAAAAAAAGGAGGGCACUUUUUAACACAAGGCAAAUGGGACAGGGGCUCAAGCACCCCUAGGACCCUUUGUGUGCACGUGCAUGAGCCAGGAGUAUUCAGGCGAGGAAUAUCUGCCAGACAGAGAGGGACAAUGCAGUUUGUAAAAGGGGAAACAAAGAGGAGAAGGAGGAGUUUAAAUCUCUCAUUGUGCCAAAAAUAAUAAUGCAUUAAAAUCAAUAUUUUAUCAAUUAUUGACAUGGUCAAGGCUGUUAUACAGUUAUAUGGUCAAGGCUUUAUAUCUGUCUUCUUUAUCAUAAAUAUUUCACUUCACGGCGGUACAGUGGUGCAGUGGUUAGCACUGUCCCCUCACAGCAAGAAGGUCCUGGGUUCGAAUCCGGGUCAGGGCAUUUUUGUGUGGAAAUUGCAUGUUCUCCCUGUGUCUGUGUGGGUUUACUUCGGGUACUUCAGUUUCCUCCCACAUCCCAAAAACAUGCAGAAGCGGGGUUAGGUUAACUGGCCACUUUCAAAUUGCCUGUAGGUGUGAAUGUGAGCAUGGAUGGUUGUUCGUCUCUAUAUGUCAGCCCUGCGAUGAACUGGCGAGAUGUCCAGGGUGUCCCCUGCCUUCACCGGAAGAUGCUGGGAUAUAGGCUGUAUUGGCUGAGCGAGAUCGUGUUGGUUCGUUCCACUUCAGUGUGGCAACAUAAACUGUGAUUCAUAAAAUAGCUCUAUUGAUAGUAAGUACUAAAAAAAAUAUCUACUCAUACCAUCCUGUCGAUUUUUAGUAAUCAGUGUUUUGGUGUCUAACUAUUUCCUUUCUGCGGCGUAGUGAUACUUGCACACGCGCAAUCGAAUAUGCAGAGGCAUGAAGCGAUUUUUGUCAUGUGGACCAAUAGGAGCCGAGUCUCGUUGCCAUAGUAUCAGAAAUACACAAAUAUAGCGACGAGCGCAUCUAGCAGCGAGACAAGCGAAGAGGAAGGAAAAAAAAAGAAAUCAGCCUUCAGCAGUGCAUAAAAAAGGAACGAAAUGAUGCUAUAUGCAUCUAUCAUCUGUCCAGAGUGAAGACGUUCUCGACUUUACAAGGACACAUUGGGAAACUUACAGAACUAGUUUUAAAAAGUGGCUUUCUCUACAGGGUGAGACCAAGGACCUUGCAGAAACUUAUAAACAUUGCGUUGAUAUCGACUUUGACAAUGUUCCUGAUGACGCUGGGUUUCACAUGACAUGCUACCAGUGAUUUAUUUGCAAAAGGCGUUUGAGAAACAAGAACGUGAUGCAGCCGCGGGUCAGUCAGACCCUUCAGGCAGCAUCGCCGAUGCAUCCACGUCCACGGCAUCUGAAACUCUGCGAAAGAAACUUCGCUCAAGGUCAUAGGCUGUAUUGGGACAAAGGAAAAAGUGCCUAGAAAGUGAAUUUCGUUCAACUAUGCUAGUGCUACUUGUUCAAUGCAUUUUUGCAUAGACAAUACCAUUCGACAAAAUCUUUCUCAAAUCUCAUAAAUCCAUCUACUUAACAUCAGAAACAGUUAUUGGUGCCUUAGUAUACGCAUAAGUGAAUUCAGAUUAUGAAAUGUAGCAAAUUUCUUGAAGAAAACGUCUCAACUCAAGUGAUUUGCACCCAGCACAAUGAAAUAUACAGUAAAUGUAGCUAAAAGCUUGUGUUUCAUACAUAAAAAUGACACAAUCUACUGUGUAAUAAAAGCAAUAAAAUAUAAACAGCACAUCAUGGCCAUAAAUGGCUGAAAGUCAGUCAAAUUGCUACCACGCCCCCCAAAAUUGGAAUAAUGGAAAAAAUGUAACAAGACAAAAAUAAAUGCACAAAAGGUCUGAAUUAAUUCAAAAUAUGGUAUAAAACAUUUAUUCAAGUAUCACAGUGUCAAAACAUCUGACAUUUAUCAAUCCCUCCAGAAUAUGAAAAUAAAGAUCAAAACACAUAUUUUGUUUUGAUUUAGUUCAGACCUUUUGUGCAUUUAUUUUUGUCUUGUUACAUUUUUUCCAUUAUUCCAAUUUUGGGGGGCGUGGUAGCAAUUUGAUUGACUUUCAGCCAUUUAUGGCCAUGAUGUGCUGUUUAUAUUUUAUUGCUUUUAUUACACAGUAGGUUGUGUCAUUUUUAUGUAUGAAACAUAAGCUUUUAGCUAAAUUGACUGUAUAUAUUUCAUUGUGCUGGGUACAAAUCACUUGAGUUUUCUUCAAGAAAUUGACUACAUUUCAUAAUCUGAAUUCACUUAUGCAUAUACUAAGGCACCAAUUACUGUUUCAGAUGUUAGGUAGAUGGAUUUAUGAGAUUUGAGAAAGAUUUUGUCUUGCCAGAAUCAACAUAGCAGUUUCUACAAGCAAAAACAGCAGCACCAUCUGAUUGGUUUUUUUUGGGUUACUCACAGUAGCGGUUCUAGGCACGGGCGAACAGGGCAGCCGCCCGGGGCGGCAUUUGUGUCAUGACUCAUGGGGGGCGGCACGAGCACUUCCAAAAAAUAAAAUAAAAGAUAAUAAUAAAUCUUAACCGCAAAGCGGUUUUGUAUUAACUGUUGUUGUCAAAUUGGCGUCCCCCCGCUGCUGUAGGCGCCCCUACUUGCUCCGAAGGUGCUGCACAGAGGCUGACAGACUGUGUGAGACGAGGCGGGGAGAGAGUCGCGGGGGGACAGCUCUGCUCUGUGUACGCAUGUCAGCAUAUCAGCGGGAGCGCGGAUACGUCAUUUUGUAGUUUUUUAAUCAUUUCUGGAGUCGCGGUGAAUGAAAUCACCGUACCCGUCUGCCUUUGAUAGGCGAAUAAAGCGCUCGGGUUCAUGCUCGGAUCUUGCUAUGUGCUUGAUGAGCUUCAUGAGUGAAGUAAACAAUGACUGAGGCAGAGAGCAGCUUCAGAGGAGAAACAUCCAGCAGUGUGAACAACCUCUUCAUAUGGAGUGCUUUGGCUCACACUAUCAGCGUUUUCUCUGAGUGUGGCAUGACUUUGGGUGAGAACAGAGAUGAACACACUGUCAGCCACGUAUUUAUUUAUUCAUUUUUUAGUUUUUAGUUCUGCUUUUGUACUGGCACUAUACUGGGGCAGCUGUUUACCCUUUCAACACCUUAUUUUCUAUAUUUACAUUUGUAUUGAAUGGACACUUUAUCAUGACUGCCACUUGUUUUACAGAAAGCAAAUUAUUUGUCAUUCUCCAGUGCAGAGCCUUUACUUUUAUUUAUACAGCCGCUUUAUUUCAUUUGAGUUUGUUUGUUUAAGGUUUUCAAAAAUGUGAUGAAGGUUCGCAAAACUAAAAGAGAGCUUUCUUGAAAACCACAUGUAUAAGCUCUCAAAUACUUUUUGAAUUUUGUUUCUAUCUACUACAGAGGCCGAGAUAGCAGCUUUUUUGUAAACCUUAACACGUCAGAAAACCUCAGGAUCUGGGGGCCCUUCUCAAAAUGGCCCUCAGAAUUGUGUUUUUUUCUAUUGAAGGAUUUCUGCAAUUGAGAAAUAUAUUAUUUUUGUUGUUAUAAUAAUAAAAAUACUACGUAGUAAUACAACACUAUCUGUUCAAAAUUCUAUCUCUUUUUGUGUGUGUGUGUGUGUGUGUGUGUGUGUGUGUGGGGGGGGGGGGGGGGGGGUUACUCACAUAUAUGUACAUUUCUGUCUGGUGACAAAAGUCAGACAGAUAGUCUGAGCAGACAUUUUAACCCAAAGUCCAGAAUGGUAUUGUCUAUGCAAAAAUGCAUUGAACAAGUAGCACCAGCGUAGUUGAACGAAAUUCACUUUCUAGCUACUUUUUCCUUUGUCCCAAUACAGCCUAUGACCUUGAGCGAAGUUUCUUUCGUGGAGUUUCAGAUGCUGUGGACGUGGAUGCAUUGGCGAUGCUGCCUGAAGGGUUUGACUGACCCGCGGCUGCAUCACGUUCUUGUUUCUCAAAUGCCUUUUGCAAAUAAAUCGCUGGUAGCAUGUCAUGUGAAACCCAGUGUCAUCAGGAACAUUGUCAAAGUCGAUAUCAACGCAAUGUUUAUAAGUUUCUGCAAGGUCCUUUGUCUCACCCUGUACAGAAAGCCACUUUUUAAUACUAGUUCUGUAAGUUUCCCAAUGUGUCCUUGUAAAGUCGAGAACGUCUUCACUCUGGACAGAUGAUAGAUGUAUAGCAUCAUUUCGUUCCUUUAUUAUGCACUUUUGAAGGCUGAUUUCUUUUUUUUUUUUUUCCUUCCUCUUCGCUUGUCUCGCUGCUAGAUGCGCUCGUCGCCAUAUUUGUGUAUUUCUGAUACUAUGGCAACGAGACUCGGCUCCUAUUGGUCCACGUGACAAAAAUCGCUUCACCCCUCUGCAUAUUCGAUUUGCGCGUGUGCAAGUAUCACUACGCCGCAGAAAGGAAAUAGUUAGACACCGAAACACUGAUUACUAAAAAUCGGCAGGAUGGCAUGAGUAGAUUUUUUUUUUAGUACUUACUAUCAAUAGAGCUAUUUUAUGAAUCACAGUUUAUGUUGCCCCACUGAAGUGGAACGAGAUUCACUUUCUAAGCACUUUUUCCUCUGUCCCAAUACAGCCUAAUAGACUCCAGCCCCCUGGCGACCCUGGGAACGGGAAUAAGCGGUAGAAAAUUGAUGUAUGGAUUUCACUUUGCACCUCACUUUUGGAAAUAAAGCGUAUUUUGUGUUUUCCCCAUUGAAAAAAUCAGGGGUUCUCAUGACAAAAAUACCUAAAAGAAAAAAAUAAACCUAAAAGAAUAUAAGAAAAAAUUAUAACGAACUUUGUAUCUACAGAUAGGUCUGAAGUUGUUGACAAGAUGUGAUGCUUUAAAAGUAAAAAAAAAUACGAAUGUAUAAUGUUUUUACUGCACUUUUAUUGGGCGCUUAGCUGGAGCAGGUUCCUGUGAGUCCAGAGCCGAUUACAGAACUUUAAAGUGUUUAAACCCUCAGCUGAAUCAGGAUCAGAGGGAUUACAGGGGAGUCAAGUCAGACCUCCAGACCUGGAUCUGGGUUUUCCAAGUUCAUAAGAAUCAGCUGUGAGGAGGGAUAAUGUGACCUCUGAGGGAAACAGCAGAGUGUAUCAAACCGGGCUUUGUGGGACGCCACAGGAGAGCUGGGAGGAGUCUGGACAGACUGACCAACAGAGGGCACUGUAUGAAUGAUCUGAGUAGUGAUAUCUCACAGGAUGACUAACCAGGGGGCUGAAAAUCAAAUAUUCUUAACACUUUGAACUCCGCUGGAUCACCGGUGAUCCAGCGUGACACCAUUAAUAUUGUUUACAGUUUCUAAGGAACUAUACUGUGUAUCUCUAUGGAUUAGAAAGUUUUGAAAAGCUUACCCUUUUGGCAAUCUAUCGAGGGUUUCCAGACAUUUCUACACUUGCCACAUGGUUUACAAUCCAGCCACAAAAAUAGGUGUUUGAUUAGAUACGUUUGAUGGUAAAUCUGUAGUGAUAUAACGGUGAAAACAUGAUUAUUUAUCAGAUUGUUGUGAUAAAAAAAGAUCACUAUGGUUAAAUGCCGCUAAUGUCUUCCGGGUUUGACAACCUGUUUUGAUGACAUCAAACUUUUCGACUAAUUACAUGGUCUCAUAUUCUUCUUCUAUUGUUCCCUUGAUGGUAGUGUCCAAUAAGAGGCAAGAAAGUUCCCUAUUGUCUGCAAAAUAAGAAAUAAUGGUCCUCAAUGUUUGGAAACAAGCAAAGAAGAGAUUCUGAGCAGUAUAAUGUGGUCUUCUGUCUCAUCCCAGACAGGAACUGCUUCAAGGAGUGGCAUAAACAACUGUAAAUAGUAAAAACGCCUGGAAGAAUUAGUGUAAAUAUGUCAAUAGUUUCUGUUGUGUGUUUGUUCCAAUCCCAAUAUUUCUUCUCCUGAUAGCCAAGACUUGAGAGAAUGAUGUGCAGGUGAGAAAAGGCUUGGUCACUGUAGAUUUAUGUGUUUUUUUAACAAAGUACUGUUGGGAUCAAUUUCCAUUUUAGUUUUUUUGGUCGACUUUGAUGGUUCUGAAUCUACUGUCACGUUAAUUUUACAUCAUUUUUGCUCCAUAAACUGACAGCUGAGGUUGUCCUGAAAAUAAAGAUGUGUUUAUAUUUGCUGUGCUUGAAAGGAUAGAGUUGUUACAUAGAUUUUUACAAAAAAAGACAAACAGGCAGACCAAAAAUAGAAAAAUAUAGCUGGGAGUUCGAAGGGAUAAUAGACGGGUCCACGGCUGGACUCUAACCUACACCAGAGCGCCUGAAGAGUCCGCCAUCACCCCAAAGCCGAUUGGUUUAAGGUAACAUGUCUGUGUUUCUGUCCAGGUGAUCUAUGCGGUUCAGAGACACAACCGGACCCGGGUCCAGUGGCAGAUCCUCCUGCAGCAGGCCAUCCAUCUGGAGGAUGUGGCCAAGAACGAAACAAGCUCCACCCACCAGUUCGUCCACAGCUUCCCGUCCUCCGAGCCGGCUGGUUGGUUCAGCAGAUACGUUUACACGCCGACUGUAGGUGAGCCAAUCAGAGACCAGAACAGUGCCAGAACCAGUAUGUGAGAGAGCUGCAGAGAUAUCAGAACCUGGGUUUGAAAAAUCAAGACCAGCAGACCGAGGGCGGUACCAACUGACCCUGUGUGUGUGUGCGUGUGUGCGUGCGUGUGUGUGCGCACAGAGUGGUACUGGGAGUGUCUCCUGAAGCGCUGGUUCUACCGGCUCCUCUCUGUGGUUCUGACCCUGUUCAGUGUGGCUGUGGUCUGGUCCGAGUGUACCUUCUUUAGUACCAGACCCGUCCUCUCUCUCUUCGCCGUCUUCAUCCAGCUGGCCGAGCGAGACUACAACUACCUGUACAUUGAGGUCAGACACACAUUCAUGAACACACACCCACACACACACUUACACAAUCACGAACACACACACAAACACACAUGAACACACUCUCAAACAUGAACACACACCCUCAGACAUAAACACACUCUCAGACAUGAACACACACAUUCAAACAUGAACACACACUCUCAAACAUUAACACACUCUCAGACAUGAACACACACUCAUAAACACACACACACACUCGUGAACACACUCAGAAACACACAAACACACUCAUUGACACACACUCAUUCAUGAACACACACACAAUCAUGAACACACACACAAUCAUGAACACACACACACGUGAACACACUCUCAAGCAUACACUCUCAGACGUGAACACACACACAACACUCGUGAACACACACAAACACUAAUGAAAAUGCACACACACUCAUACACACACUCAAAGACAUGAACACACACUCAUGAACACACACGCAUCGAAACCCUGCAGAGGUAAACGCUCUGUUUUUUUUUCCACCAGAUGGCGUGCUUCAUCACCAUCUUCUUCCUGUGCACCUGUGUUUACUCCACUGUCUUCCGGAUUCGGGUUUUUAACUACUACUACCUAGCCUCCCAUCACCAGACCGACGCCUACAGCCUGCAGUUCAGUGGCAUGUGAGUUUCCUUUAAGGCGUUUCCUGAUAAACGCUAAAUUUUCUUUUCUGUACGUUGUAAACUCUUCUCUGUGUUUUGGCUCUUUUUUGUUUGUCAUUCUUGGAGCUGUGUUGGGUCUAAACCUGCAACAUUUACCUGAUAACAUAUAAAGAAGAGAAAGACAAUGGUAUAUACUCGAGGAGAAUGGACAGAGAUAGCAUCAGGUACAAUCUCGAAACCACUCUGAAGGUGGUUUUCUGUCUCCGCUCUUUUAUUUAGGGUUGCCCCUGGUUACACAAUGUUUCUAAAGGGUGGGGGAAAAAUAUGUGCAGCAACGUAAGCAUUCUCAUAAAACAUAAUAAUGAACAACUGUGAAUAUAUGAAGGUCAAGGCGACAAUAGCUACGUUUACAUGGAGCCAAAUAUUCCGAAUAUAAUCGGAUUAGAAGCCCAAUCGGAAUGAAAAUGCUCCAUAUAAACACCUCAUUCGGAAUAAACAGGCCCAUUCCGAAUGGAAUUUCAUUCCGAUUCACAGGGGUAGAAUUUUCCUUUUCCCAUUCCGAUUAAAAGCAAAAUCCUGUCAUGUAAACGGUGAAUCAGAAAGUUGUCAGGCUGGGUUCUGUCUGCGCAUGCUCUGUCCUGAUGUAAACAAGCAGUGACGUAUGACUCACAUGGAAACAUGAUGGCGGCUUCCAAGCAGAGCACGAUGCACUGGUCUGCGUCGGAGAGUUUGUUUUUGAUACAAACUCUCAAAGAACUAGACAUUGUCGCACGCUUAGACGGUAGGAAAACACGAAAUGCUGAACUAUUUAAAAAAGUUCACGAAAAACUCUGCGAGGCAGGGGUGGACCGUAACGUCGAACAGAUUAGGAACCGCUGGAAAACACUGAAGGCUGGCUACUAUAGGGCUAAACAGCACAACAGCAAAAGUGGGUAUGACCCCAACAACUUCCCGUUUUUCGAACCGAUGGACGAGAUACUGGGGGGAAGACCAUUGGCAAACAUCGCUGGCAACGGAGUGGAAUAGCUGUUCCGAUUGAAUGCCGUGGCACAUGUAAACACCAGAUCAGAAUAGAUCGCUUCCAUGUAAACAGUUCGCCUGGGAGCUUCAAUCGGAAUGAUUAUAAUCCGAAUGAGAAAAAAGUCUGCAUGUAAACGUGGCUAUUGUUGCAUCAAACGAGCUCCUUCUGAUAAGAGCGGAUCCUCCUCAUUACUUCCCACGAUUCACAGUGGAGGAUACAUCACACACACACCUGCUGAUAGGAGAAACAAGGUCACAGAAACAUGAAGAAACAUUCAUGUGCUGUGUAAUAAUCCUAAUUGGAGAGAGAAGUUAGAAAACACUCUUAUAUGAUAAAAAACACUCUUAUAUGAUGUGUGACAAGAGGUCAAAACAGUUUAUACUUGUAGUAAACUCUUACAUAAGAAUAUGAGGAAUAAUGAUAACUUCUAUAUACAUUUAUGCACAUUAUUCUAACAAGCUGGUUCUAUGUAUUUCUCUCUCUUUUUUGAGGCGUUCCUGUUUCAAUUCAUUGAGCUAAUUAAGUGGAAAUGCUGAUUAAGCAUUUCCACUGAUUGUUAUUCCUGUCUGCCAUUUUUCUUUAUUAUUAUUAAGUGGAAAUGCUGAUUAAGCAUUUCCACUUAUUGUUAUUCUCCUAUUUCUUUAUUAUUAUUAAGUGGAAAUGCUGAUUAAGCAUUUCAACUUAUUGUUAUUCUCCUAUUUCUUUAUUAUUAUAAUUAUUAAGUGGAAAUGCUGAUUAAGCAUUUCCACUUAUUGCUCCUCUCUGAUCGACAGAACCUUGCUCGAAUAUAUCGCUCCCACACCCACAAAUUUCACUCCACAGCCAUAAAAAAGGCAUCAAAAUGGAUGUAUAUGUGUCCUGCUUCUCACAAAAGAGGUUUCCAAUCAUUAAAUCCUACCCCUUGGCCAGCAGGUGACCAACUGUCCAAAUAGGCGGAGAGCUCUCCCAUUAACCCUAAUGUAUUUUUUCUCCAAGAAAAUCCUGAUCGUCACUCAGGCUCAGACUUUUUUAACUCGCUGUUGUAGCCACAUUUUUAGGAGUACAGACAUGAAAAACACAUCAUUGUGUUUGUGAAGGGCGGAGGAUUCGAACGAUGUUCUUAUUUUCAUUCUGGGAUUUAAGGAAAUCACGCUAUGUGAAGAAGUUCAGAGGCCCUAAAUUCACUGCAGUUCAUCAGCUUCACAUUCAAAUAGUGGGUCAGUUAAUCCCUUUGAUGUCUAACACCUGUUAAGAUGCAUUAAUUAACACACACACACACACACACACACACACACACACACACACACACACACACACACACACACACAAUCUUGUACUUGCUGCUUUGUGAGGUCUAUGAGAAAAGACCCACAAAGCGAGGACUACAAACUUUGACCUACAGAAACCAUUCAGGGCUCCAAAAAUUCUGCUCAUUGAGGACAUUAUGGGGUGUACUCAGGAUUUUUAUUCAUUUCACUUUUCCCCACUUUAAAAUUAUUCUCAUUAUUCAUGCAUUAUUAAAUUCUUCAGACAAAUCCAAACUCAUUCAAACUGAUUCAAACCUUUCUGAUACUUCAAACCUGUUUAACACUUUAGGACUUCUAAUUAUUUAAAAAUUUUCCCACUUCAAAAUUAUUCUCAUUAUUUAUGUAUGUCUUAAUUCUUCAAACAAAAUCCCAGUUCUACCACUACAAUUACUACUUACGUCACUUUAACUUGUAUCUUCACUUCUACCUCCACUGCUCUUGCUUCUCUUAAUAUUUUUUUUACUUCUACUCUUACUUUUACCACAAGCUCUACUGCGUUGACUUCUACUUCUUCUAUUCUGAAACUACUUCUACUGCUUACAUGACCACUAAUAUCACUACUACAACUACCUAUUAUCAUACUACUUCUAGUACUUCAACUUAAACUUAUGCCACUUCUCACUUUUCUGUGUUUUAAGGUAAUUUUCUUCCUUAUCCAUUUUUUUGCAAUUUCAGACAGUUUUUCUAGCCUUAUUCAGCAUGAAUGCAAUUUUAAUUUAUGAAGCGCAUUCAUACUAUUUGUACUUCAGCAAUUUUCACUUUCAUCCAACUUCUACUUCUCUUUCUCCAGCUCUUUAACCAAUUUUACAUUUAAACCUUCCUAUGUUUUUUUUUUUUUUUUAGCAGUUUUGCAUUGCUUUUUCAGCUUUCAGCAUUCAGCAUUUCCACGCAUAUUCUGCAAGGAAAUACAAUUUUUCUAGUUAAACUUAUUAUUCUUCCGUACCUAUUUUUGUCCGCUUUCAACUCCUUCCCACUUUGUGCGAUUUCAACCGUUCAAACUUUAAACUGUUCCUCUUCUUCAGGACAUGGUCGCUUGUAAUUUUUGCUUUUCUACCCUUUAUACUUUUUUUUUUUUUUUUUUAACUUUUUGUGCCAAAAUUUUAACAUUGAAGUCAAUGGGGAAAUCUUCCAAUUCUUCCUUUUAUUCUUCAACCUUCUGAGCCUUAUAACUUCAGCAUACUUUCACCUAGAGACCUCAUUUUUGCUUUAAAAUGUUCAUUAUCCUGUCAACUAUUAAACUUGUAUUUUUUUAUAUCUUUUACAGUUUUUCCACAAUUUAGCUUUAAGCAACUCGUGGUUUUCAGCAAAUUUCAGGCUUUAUAAUGGGUGUGUAUUGGAGAGGAUAGAGUGUGUAAUUACCUUGUUAGAGUGCAGAGGUCCUCUUGGAUUGACAGAACAUCGCUCGAAUAUAUCGCUACCACGCCCAUAAAUUUCACUCCACAGCCAUAAAAAAUACUUCAAAAUGGAGGUAUAUGUGUCAUGCUUCUUACAAAAGAGGUUUCAAAUCAUUAAAUCCUACCCCUUGGCCAGCAGGUGACCAACUGUCCAAAUAGGCGGAAAUCUCUCCCAUUAACCCUAAUGUACUUUUUCUCCCAGAAAAUCCUGAUCACCACUCAGGCUCAGACUUUUUUAACUCGCUGUUGUGGCCACAUUUUUUGGAGUACAGACAUGAAAAACACAUCAUUGUUUUCAUGAAGGGCGGAGGAUUCGUACGAUGUUCUUAUUUUCAUUCUGGGAAAUCGUGCUAUGUGAAGAAGUUCAGAGACCCUAAAUUCACUGCAGUUAGGCAACUUCAGUCAAACAGUAGGUCAGUUAAUGCCUUUGAUCUCACAGCUGUUUAGGAUAAAACCAUUAACAAGACACAUACACACAGUCUGACAAUGUGUGUGUCACUGCCUAUGGCAACCAAUUAGCGCACCUGGAGACACACAGCUGACUGAAAAGCUGCUUCUAAUGGCCAUAUGAGAUACAUGAAGCCAGGCCAAGCCAAGCACUUGACAAACUUAGGCCCCUGUCUCCUACCACAAACUUUGACCUACAGAAACCAUCAGGGCUCCAAAAAUUCAGCUCAUUGAGGACAUUAUUGGGUGUAUUUAGGAUUUUGUUAAUUAAUUGUAUCAAUAUGUUCAGCAGAGUCGUGGGGUUCUCACAAGUUUCUUAUCAUGAAUGUAGCCAUUACAGAGAAUGAGCUUCAGGGCAUAGUUUUGGAUUUUGUUUCUCAGCUUCAAGCCUUCUUUCUCCUGCUGUAGUUAUGCAUCUACCGUUCCCAUUGCAACCAAUUAGUGCACCUGGAGACACACAGCUGACUGGAGAGCUGCUUCUAAUGGCCAUAUGAGACACAUGAAGCCAGGCUCAGUACACAUAGCACUGGGGGUGACAUUUAAAACCCUUCACUAGAGCGCUUGACGAACUUAGGCCCCUAUCUCCCCCCAUGAACUUUGACCUACAGAAACCAUUUAGGGCCUCAAAAUUUAAGCUCAUUGAGGGCAUUAUGGGGUGUAUUCAGGAUUUUUAUUCAUUUAAAUUUUUCAAAUUUUAAAGUCACUCAGUGAUGAUUUAUUAUUUAUUUUUUUAAACUAAUUUAAACUCAUUCAAACUCAUUCAAACCUUUCUGAUACUUAAAAUCUUUCUGAUACUUGAAGAUUUUUAAUGAUUUAAAUUUUCCCUGUUUAAAUUAGUUUUAAUAUUUAUGCAUUAUUUCAUCCUUCAAACAAAAUCCCACAUCUGGAACUACAACUAAUGCUAAUGUCAAUUAAAUUAAUACUUUCCCCUCUACUUCAACUGCUAUUGCUACUAUUUCUACUUUCUCUACUACUUUGACUUUUACUUUUAUUCUCAAACUACUUCUACUGCUUACAUGACUACUAAUAUCACUACUUGACUACUUAUCAUACUACUUCUAGUACUACAACUUAAACUUAUGCCACUUCUCACCUUCCUGCCUUUUAAGGCAAUUUCCUUCUUCAUUCAAACUUAGACAUUUUUCUAGCCUUUUUCAGCAUGAAUAAAAUUUCCUUUUAUAGAGCAUAUUCAUACUAUUUGUCCUUCAACCAAUUAAACGAUUAUCCAACUUAUAUUUCUUUUUCACCACUUCAACAGCUUUAACAUUUAUACCUUUCUCUAUGUUUUAUUAGCAGUUUUGCAUUGCUUUUUCAGCUUCCAGCACUCAGCAUUUCCACGCAUUUUUCUGCAAGGAAAUGCAAUUUUUCUAGUUUAGUUUUGUUGACCUGGGGGAUGGAGGUCUGUGUUGUCAGCGUAGAAACAGAUGUUAAUGAGUGUGUGUCGCAGGAGAGAGGCAAAGGUCAGAGUAUUAAACCCUGAGGGACGCCGUGGCCAACAUGAGUUAGUAGCUCAGGAGGUAGAGGUAGAGCGGUCGUCCAAUAACCGGAAGGUUGGCGGUUCGAUUCCCCCCUAUCCCAAGUCUGUUCAUUGUGUCCUUGGGCAAGACACUUAACCCACCUUGCUCCCAGUGUGUGUCCUCCACUGGUGUAUGAUUGUGAGUGUUGUGUGGUGGUGGUCGGAGAGGCCGUAGGUGCAAAAUGGCAGCCACGUUUCCGUCAGUCUGCCCCAGGGCAGCUGUGACUACUAAGGUAGUUUACCACCACCAAAGUGUGACUGUGUGAGCGAAUUAAUGAUGUAUCCAAUGUAAAGCGUUUUGAGGGUCUUUGAUAAAGCGCUAUAUGAAAUCUGAUGCAUUAUUAUUAUUAUUGUAAUGAUGAACAAAAACCUGCGCUCAUGAAGAUGAGUCCGUCCAACGAUGAAGGUCUAUGAUAAAACUGUUUCAGGCCAACACCACAGACCAGCAGGACUUUGUGGGAUUAGUGAACUCAGGCUUUAACCCUUGGCUCCUUCUCUGUCUGUUUUGAGGACAUUUGUCAUUUUUUUCCUCUUUAUUUUGAGCUGACAGUCACAUUUUCAAAGAUUGGAAAAUCAAAUUUAGUGAGAGUUCUUAUUUUUCCUCAUAUAAAAAAAAAAUUUCGUAACCUGUAGUUCUCUGUCACCACAUUUUAGCUCCACCCACCCUCCUUUGUCCACAAAUUGGCCAAUAGACUUCUAUUAAAAACAGGUUUGACUGUGUGUUUAUGGCACCAUAACAACAUAUUACAACCUUUUUUUUUGCAGUUAGUCGAUCACCAGGGCUCUAAAUUUGACUUUCCCAAAGUGAUACAACAGAUUGAGCCAGCACAUAAUUUUAACCCCUUCAGUGCCGCGCAUGCAAGUCUUCAUUCAUGGACUGAGAGUGUUUGAAGCGCUGAUUCAUCCACUAAACAUCAUCAGAAAUGAAUGAAACUGUACAUGCCACUAGAUAUGGAUGUCUAAGAGUGGGAUAUGUGUGUAAGGAAAAGUUGCGUGUGUGCAUGGGUGAGAAUCUGCGUCCAUGUUUAUAACCGGGCAUGCCAUGAGCGGAGCUUUUUUAGAGUUUGUAACCAGAUGUGCCUCGGUACAUAUAUCAUGCCAAUCAUCCUGAGAUAUGUCUAUGUUGGCCUCUGCCUCCCAUCUCCUCCUUAUUUGUGAAGAGUUGUUUUGAUUCAUAGAUAAGAAUAUAUCAUAUACACUCACCGGCCACUUUAUUAGGUACACCUGUCCAACUGCUCGUUAACACUUAAUUUCUAAUCAGCCAAUCACAUGGCGGCAACUUAGUGCAUUUAGGCAUGUAGACAUGGUCAAGACAAUCUCCUGCAGUUCAAACCGAGCAUCAGUAUGGGGAGGAAAGGUGAUUUGAGUGACUUUGAACGUGGCAUGGUUGUUGGUGCCAGAAGGGCUGGUCUGAUUAUUUCAGAAACUGCUGAUCUACUGGGAUUUUCACGCACAACCAUCUCUAGGGUUUACAGAGAAUGGUCCGAAAAAGAAAAAAUAUCCAGUGAGCGGCAGUUCUGUGGGCAGAAAUGCCUUGUUGAUGCCAGAGGUCAGAGGAGAAUGGCCAGACUGGUUCGAGCUGAUAGAAAGGCAACAGUGACUCAAAUAACCACCCGUUACAACCAAGGUAGGCAGAAGAGCAUCUCUGAACGCACAGUACGUCGAACUUUGAGGCAGAUGGGCUACAACAGCAGAAGACCACGCCGGGUGCCACUCCUUUCAGCUAAGAACAGGAAACUGAGGCUACAAUUUGCACAAGCUCAUCGAAAUUGGACAAUAGAAGAUUGGAAAAACGUUGCCUGGUCUGAUGAGUCUCGAUUUCUGCUGCGACAUUCGGAUGGUAGGGUCAGAAUUUGGCGUCAACAACAUGAAAGCAUGGAUCCAUCCUGCCUUGUAUCAACGGUUCAGGCUGGUGGUGGUGGUGUCAUGGUGUGGGGAAUAUUUUCUUGGCACUCUUUGGGCCCCUUGGUACCAAUUGAGCAUCGUUGCAACGCCACAGCCUACCUGAGUAUUGUUGCUGACCAUGUCCAUCCCUUUAUGACCACAAUGUACCCAACUUCUGAUGGCUACUUUCAGCAGGAUAAUGCGCCAUGUCAUAAAGCUGGAAUCAUCUCAGACUGGUUUCUUGAACAUGACAAUGAGUUCACUGUACUCAAAUGGCCUCCACAGUCACCAGAUCUCAAUCCAAUAGAGCAUCUUUGGGAUGUGGUGGAACGGGAGAUUCGCAUCAUGGAUGUGCAGCCGACAAAUCUGCGGCAACUGUGUGAUGCCAUCAUGUCAAUAUGGACCAAGCUCUCUGAGGAAUGCUUCCAGCACCUUGUUGCCACCAUCUAUGCCACGAAGAAUUGAGGCAGUUCUGAAGGCAAAAGGGGGUCCAACCCGUUACUAGCAUGGUGUACCUAAUAAAGUGGCCGGUGAGUGUAGUUUGGAAAUUAUUUUCUUUCUCUCUCCAUUUCCAGUCUGUAACUCUGUCAGAUAUUUUUCGAGGAGUGUAGGCUUUGUGAAUUUGUCCCAUUCCUUACGAGUUGUCAAAAAGGUUCUAAGUUGCAAGUAUUUGAAGAAAUUUGUUCUAGGGAGGGCAAAACUGUUUUUUAGCUCUUCAAAUGUUUUGAGGAGGCCACAAUCAAACAGUUGAUGCAGGUAAGUCAGUCCCUUUUCUGACCAUUUUUUAAAGCUGAUAUCUAAAUUGUUAGGUGUAAAAGUCUUCAUAGAGCCAAUAUUGGUCAGAGGUGAAAUCAACUUUGGUAGCUUAAAAGCACACUUUAUUUUACUCCAUAUUUUAAGAGUGACCUUUGUCCAGUCUGACAUCUCUCCGGAGGGAGCAUCCAAGAAUGGUAUGUUUUGUAAAGGAUCAUGGCAUUGUUGUUUUUCAAUAGUAACCCAUUGUGUGUUUGUGUUAUCCUGAAUCCAUUCAACCAGGGGUUUCAUUUGUGCAGCCCAAAAAUAUAAUUUUAAAUUUGGUAGAUUAAGACCACCAUUGGGCUUGGAUAGCUGCAAAGUUUUGAGUCUGAUUGAUUUUGUGUUUUCUAUCAUUAAAAUUAACAGUGACAUGGUGCACAAAAACUGGCAUGAAAAGGGUAAUCCAUCAAAUUUUUUAAUUAAUUUAUUUUUUUAAUGGUCAGGGUUGAAGUUGUUUAAGAGAUUUGAGUCGAAAUUUUUUUUUAAAACAGUGUUAAAAAAUGAUUAUUUUUUUAACACUUAUCUGCAUGUCUGUCUUUGGGACAAAGUAGGCUGGAUGGAGCUUAAAAUUAAUAGGAACCAAAGGUUAAAUCGCGGGUUUGUCCAGGACAGGUGAUGAUGCGUACCUGACGCCGACUCUGACUGUCUAACCUGCAGGUUGUUCUGUCGCCUGACGCCUCCUCUGUGUCUGAACUUUCUGGGUUUGAUCCACAUGGACUCGGCUAUCUCCCACCAGGACAAACAGCAGACGGCGUACACCUCUGUAAGUCACUUGCAGCAUCAUGAUGGACAGGUGGAGCCCGCGCUCACAGACAGAGUGUGUUUAUUUGAGUGUGUCACGUAUCUUUCAGAUCAUGGGCUCCAUGCGCGUCCUCUCCUUCAUCGCUAACGGCUUCUACAUCUACUACCCCAUGCUGAUCGUCCUCCUCUGUAUCGCCACCUACUUCAGGUGAGUUCACUGUUAUCUCCACCAAGGUUGGCAUGGCAACCAGUGAAAAAAGCCGUCCGGAUGUUUGGUGUGUGGCGACCUUACCUGUCUGUGUUCAGGUGUGAGUGAAGAAGCUCUGCAGUGAUUGGCCAACUUCAGGUGUAGAUGUUUUACAGACAGCAGAGCAGCCAAUCAGAGCGAGCCUGAGUGAGUCUGAGUGACCCGAACAGGGAGGUGAAGCUCAGGUAGGAGGAGAUCUUUGGUCCAAUCAUCAGGACUGAAGUCUGCUGAGUCCAGGAGGACACGGACUGAGGAGGACCUCAGACUCCAAAGAAACAGCAUCAACGUGGUUUUAGUGACGGGGACAUGUCCUCCUGACGGACCGUCAAAAUCCAGAGACACACAAACCACAGAUAAUCAGGCAUGAAAAUCUCUCACCUUUCGGCGAAAUUCGCCGUUUUGAAGUCAAAAAGGGUGACCUACGUGAAUCGUGUAGAUCCGAGGAGAAAUUUUUUUUUGGGGGGGGGGGGUCGGGGUCAGGAGAUUUUUUUUGUUCUUUUAUUAUCAUGUGAUUGACUCAAUACGUAAACUGAGCGCUUCAGAAAUCGGCCCUUUAAAUGACACUUGGACGGUCAGCAAAUCCUCCUGGCUCCUUCGCUGACGAGAACCAAUCAUAGGCCAAACUGCGUUCCAUUGUUCCGAUCAUGCGCACACUCUUCACGUGUACUUGGAGUGCUUGGAGAGCCUGUGGUAGCAUUGCAAAGCUGCGAGAACGAGAAGCAGGACUUAUCCACGCCGGUGUUGUGCCGUAGAAUGCACCCCGCCGUAGAAUGCCCCCCAGACAGGAGCGCGGUUGAAAGUACACAACAAGGCGAAAUAAUCCAAGUUUUGAGCCAUCUAAAAUAGCGAAAGCGGGCGUCUCGCGUUUACUGCUCUGCAGGGCUCUCAAGUCUCACGCAUUCAGCGUGUGACACACACAUUCCCACCCGUUCACACGCUCACACGCCACACAUUGUAUUUCUCACGCAUUUAUAUGAACAUGGUGAUGUCCACAAAGUUGCACCUCUGUAACAAUGGAACAGGUAGAAAUCAACUGAGUUCCUCAGAGAGUUCAGAAGCUGCGUGCCACGCGCAAACCAAUCAAAUAAAGUAUAUAUACUGAACAGCCAAUCAAAAAGCAGCAUUGCUGUAUCCGGGUAGAUUUUGAUAUAUUGCGGUUAGACUACAGAAGAAGACAGACACUCGCCGAAAUAGAGCAGGUUUUUAUAAGGACGAGAAAGACCCGAUGAUUACAGUAAGUCAGUAACCUACACAUGCAGAGACCUCAACACCUCAAAGCAUAUAGACUCAUAUGAUAAACUAAAGCCCUAUGCUAUUGCUAUUAACAGCUGUAUUGAUGAAUUUAGCCUCUGUACAGCCAUUUCCAGCCAUUCUCCCCUCCACAAAAGCAGCAUUUCUCAUAUAUUCUUUUUAAAGUACUGACAGUGUAAUGCUCAUGUACCAAAGGAUUAAGUAUCUCCAUGUUUGUGAAACCUAAAGUACAAUUCAUCUAAAUGCUCCUCAGUGCUGAUUUUAGCAACUCUCCUCCACAACAGGUAACUUUACGACUUUAUUCUUAUAUAUUAUUGACUUUAUUCUCCUAAAUAAUAACUUUAUUGUCUAAGAUUUAAAAACGUUUUUUGUCUUAAUGUGGCCCUCAUACUCCGUUGUAUUUAAGAGAUUAUUAUACUAUUAUACUAAUAAUUAUCUUCAAUCACUCUUCACCCCCCCCCCCCGCUUCUCACCUUUUCAACCCCUGACCCAUUUUCAUGCCUGAUAAUACUGCUGCUGCUGUUGUCAUGGAGACAGAGAGCCCCCCAGUCCUGACAUGUGUGUCCUCGUGUGUGUCCUCAUGUGUGUCCUCGCGUGUGUCUUCGUGUGUCCUCAUAUGGAUAUACAUGUGUGUCCUCAAGUGUGUGUCUUCAUGUGUUUCUUUGUGUGUGUGUCUUUGUGUGUCUGCUUAUUUGUGUGUCAUCAUUUGUGUGUCCUCAUAUGUGUCCACAUGUGUGUGUCAGUAUAUGUGUGUCUUCAUGUGUGUCCUUGUGUGUGUGUCCUCAUAUGUAUGUGUCCUUAUUUGUGUGUCCUCAUGUGUGUCUACAUGUGUGUCCUCGUGUGUGUCUUCAUGUGUGUCCUCAUGUGUCUUCACUCAUUUGUGUGUCCUCGUGUUUGUCCUCAUGUGUCCUCAUGUGUCUUCAUGUGUGUCCAUAUGUGUGUUUCUUUGUGUGUCGUCAUGUGGGUCCUCGUGUUUGUGUGUCGUCAUAUGUAUGUGUCCUCAUUUGAGUGUCCUCAUAUGUAUCUUCAUGUGUGUGUCUUCGUGUGUCCUCAUGUGUUUCCUCAUAUGUGUGUCCUCAUGUGUGUGUAUUCAUGUGUGUGUCUACAUGUGUGUGUGUCCUUAUGUGUGUGUAUUCAUGUGUGUGUCCUUACGUGUUUUUGACCUCCUCUGGUCUCCCUCAGGUGGUCACUGUUGAAUGGCUGUGACGGUGUUUUUUGGUGAUUAUGUUCCACUUCCUGUAGCAGCUGUUUGUUGUUCUGAUGGGAUAGAGGAGGAAAGUUCUGGAAGAACCUCUGAGUGAUCCUGAAUAACAUCUUCUCAUCUCCUCUCUCCUUCUCUCCUUAUCUCCUCAUCUCUUCUCUUAGUCUGGGAACGCGCUGCCUGAACCUGCUUGGGUUCCAACAGUUUAUGGGUGACAACGAAAUGACCUCUGACCUAAUCGACGAAGGAAAAGAGCUGAUCCGGCGAGGUAAUGAUGGUGUAACUAAAAUCAGAGCGAACAGAGUGAGAGCGUGAGCGAGCAAGCAGUAACGCCAGUUUCUGUUUACAGAGAAGAGGAAGCGCCAGAGGAUUGAAGACGGCGAGAACAGACGGAGGGUGAGUGACCCGUACCAUCGCCAAAUCCUCCUCCUGAUGGUUCUGGAUUUCAUUUACCUAAAUGGUGUGUGUUUUAUGUGUAUGUGUGCGUGUGUGUGUGUGUGGUUGUGUGCACGCGUGUGCGCGCACGCGCGUGUGUGUGUGUGUGUGUGUGUGUGUGUGUGUGUGUGUGUGUGUGUGUGUGUGUGUGUGUGUGUGUGUCCUGCAGGAGUGGAAGGAGCGCUAUGGAAACCCGAGGGAAGACUACACUGCGAGGAACAGGAGCAGCCAUGAGAUGAAGGAGACCAAUUACUCUGACACCGUGGCACCCAGAGACGGCCGCCGUAAGUCCUGCUGAGUCAGCAGUUUAGUGAAGCGCUAACCUGCUAACUCAUGCUAACAGGAAGUGUGUGUGUGUGUGUGUGUGUGUGUGUGUGUGUGUGUGUGUGUGCGUGUGUGCGUGUGCGUAUGUGUGUGUGUGUCUGACAGAAGCCAAAUACUCUCGCUCUGGGACUCGAGCAGAGAGGGACUGCAUCGAGCUGCUGCAGGACGCCGAACCUCUGGACUUCAAUGCCGAUUCUCUGACGGAUGACGCUCUGGACUCAGAGUCCGGGAGGUAAACGCGGCGAGCUCAGCUGUUAUUACGGUGGGACGCUGUGUGGUCUGCAGACUCUAAAACCCCGCCCCUGUAUGGUUGUUUUCUUUUUUUUCUUUCAGACACGCAGGAGGACGAUAUCUGUCCAUGUCCUCUUCACGGAGUCGGAUCUUUGACGACGUCUGA